GGAACUGCAAACUCUUGCGAGCAGCAGCAACAGGGGCACCAGGUAGGUCACACGAUGGCGAUGGGUGCGGCACCAACCGGGGCCACUUUCGCGGAUCUUCCGGGAACUUCUACUCAACAACAGUUGCAGUAUCAGCACGCUUUUGCAAACACCGUUGUCGGCUGCGCUGCGGCUCCGGCGGGCGCGAUAGGAGCUGGCGCCCAGAAUUAUCAUCUUGCUCAACAACCAGAGACUGCAGCUGCACAUCACAGCAUGAUGCUCAAUUCGCUCGCCGAGCAGAUGUACGCGGAAUUCGUCAAGCUGCAAAACAGGCAAGCGGAAUAUCUGCGCAUUAUCCCGAUUCUCUCCCAUCUCUUCAACUUCCCGCGCCUCCCGACCUUCAAGCAGAUCGUGCUCCGCAUGCUCGUAUGAAAUGCAAAAGUGUCUGGGUCUGGAAGAAUGCGCGAUUUGUCAUGCUGCUUUCCAUGACCCAUGAGGUCUGGAAUGCAGGACCUAGCAUGACAGACUCUGCGGGACCUUUCUCAUGCCUAUCCUGCAUGAGAAACUCCCUCCCGACUUGGUCAAAACUGGACGACUUUUGGUAAUCAUGCAACACAGAUUUUUGCAUGCUGCAGAUUUAGCAUGACAAGUUUCAAUCUUCCAGACCCAGACACUUUUGCAUUUGAUAGCUCGCGCACGAGAUCACCGAAGUCGACGACUUUGAGGUCUACUUUCCCAUGCGCAGCCUCGCCAAGGUGACUGAACCCAUGAAGAAAAGUUCUAGCAACUCGAGUAGUACGACGUCAAGACACUGCUAUAACACCACGCCGCCCGGUGGAGCAGAGAGUAGUAAAACUGGCAAAAUGAAUCACACUGCUUGUGUUGGAGCUGCGCCAUCAAUUGCAGCAGGUGCAGGACACGGGCAGAACCAUCCGGCAGCAGAAGCUCCGUCUCGUUCUCGAGGAGAACAACUUCAUCCCGCCCAUGUGAGGAGUAGCACAUCCGCCUCCCGCUCUACUGCUCAUGCAAAGUUUCCGUCCGUCGAGUUCCAAUGGGUGACCAUGCGCGACCUGUUUGCGGAAUUUGACACGGAUCAGGAUGGCUUUCUUUCUGUGCGGAAGCUCGGGGAGUUAAUCGCCAAAGCGAAGUUGAGGAUUCCCUCGUUUGAAGACUACGAUGAUUAUUUCCUCGAUCCGAUUAUCGACGGCGUGUGCUAUCGUGACUUUUUGGCUAGUAUGCUGGAGGUAAACUUUCAGACGUUCGAGCUGUCGAGCACCCACUUCUUCACAUUUUUCAAGAAACUGCAGGUCGCCACGGGGGUGCUGAACAGCGCCACCGCAGCGGCCUCCUGCUCGUCGGGGGCGGGGCCACAUCCUGGCACUGCCUUGAGCAGCAGCUCGGGCGCACCGUCGGACUUGCUUGGCGCGGGCGGGGCCACUGCGUCCUCAGGUGUCGGGUCUUCUUCGGGCCAGCGGAAAGGACCAGAGCAUCCACCGGCAGCUGAGACGAUGAAUACUCCAACAGCCGGCGCAGCUUGUAGUUCUUUCCUACAGCAGCAGCUCCACCACGAGCACAUGUUGCACCAUAAUGCAAUGCUGCACGGACAAAUCGCACAUAGUAGUACCACAACUGGAGCCGCAGCAACUGCAUCGAGCAACAUCCUCAAUCCAUAUAAAGCUACUGGUAAUAUGGUGUCAUCUAUCAAGAAGAACGAGAAACAGAAAAAUCCCGGGAAUUAUGAGCCGAAGAAAAUCCAGAAAAUCCUGUACGAAAUCUUUUUACGGUUUUCCGCCUUGCCUACAGACGAAACCUUCUCCGCUGACGUGCGAAUGGACGUACCGGUUGGGUAUUCUACGAUUGGCAGCGGCGGCGGAGACAGUACGCAGAUGGCGUCGACCUACUUGGAAAAUAACUUCCCACUGAUGUCAUCCGCGCAGUACUACCAGUACGGUGCGUAUGGUGCAGGGGCGCAGGAGGACUGUCUCUAUUUCCCCGUGGAGGAGCGAGAGGCUCACGGUAAUGUCAGAUGGCAGCAGCAGCAAAAGCAUCUUCAUCAUAGAGGUGGUCACAUUGAAGACCAACAAGAUUAUCAGCAGCAGCAGCAGCAUAUGGAGGAUAGUAAUCCUGAGGUGGGCGGGGCUGGCUUCAUCUCAGCGGGUUUGGAAUUCGAAGGCGAUCUCACUAUGGAAGACGCGGACGACGGAGCAGCGGGCGGCGACGCGGGUCCUCGUGGUCCUGCUGCUAGAGGCAUGAUAGAAGUAGACCACAACAUGCGGCAUCUUCCCGACGCGGCUUUUCUCGAAAAAAAUUUCAAGCAACACAGAACCGCCAAACCAGGAGCGACGCUGAAGAAUAAACACGGCACUGCUAAAAUCCCGUUGGAACAUCAGCUGCAACAGAGUCGGGAACACGAACAACAGCACUACUAUCAAAACAGGAACGCAGCUACAACUUCUACUACUUUUCACAAGCGACCGCUGCAAAAACACGGCACCGGCAUGCUGGGAGCUGCUGGAGCAUCAUCUUCAUCGCUGAAACAAAACUACCAAGCUCGCGCUAGAAAGCCGCUUCCGGGGCGGCGGCGGAUCACGAAGCAGAGUUUACAGAAGGCCGGGUUUGAGCACGUCCAUUUUUCGAAGCAGUUUCUGCACGAGCAGGACAACCUCGGAAUGGACUUCUGGCAAUUUUUGGAUUAUCUACAAAACUGCAAAGGCGAGACCGAGUUCGAUUUUCCCAGCUUCAAUGCUGGAGGAACAAGCGAAACUAUCGGGUCGGCUGGUCUUUUUCGCGGCCAGCAGCCUCUGUUGCCCUCCGGUCGUUCCGGAUUGUACCAUAUUGGAUAAAAAAAGUCAUGCUGUCUGCUAGAAGGCCGCUCCACCGUCCCGCACAGCCUCAUAUUGAUCUUAUUUUGAUUUUAGGUCGUUUUCUCGUCGAGUCUUGACGAAAUAGUGACACACCACGCACAGAGACAGCAUCUUUAUCAGAGUCAUUUUACGGCGAAGAUGCAGACAGAGGUCCUGUUGCGGGGCUUUCCUUCCAACCGCGCGAUUGUCCGGGUCGUAUCGACCAGGCUUGCGAGCGAUUGCUAUAAGAAUGAAAAACUGAAAUUUGUACUACUUCAGUUUCUAUCAAUCUGGUGUACUAGAUCAUGAUAGAAACUUGCUUGUUACUUCUGCGGAUGUACAAUGAACAAAGCCUGUUUAUUUUAGCAUAUAUUUUUCACGUAAACACAGCGACAUCACGACAUUACACUACGCUUGCGCUUAUGAUAUUAUUGAAACGACAGUAUCGAAAUCGAUAGGAAUAGGCUCCGGCGCAGAAGCCGGAGGACAAGUUGAAGGCAAAUAAAAGCCUUUCGGGUCUUCAGGGCUCUUUUGAUCAUUUUUUGUCUGGUGGCCUAUUUAAUCUAUUUCCGAACUUGUUUGUUGCGUGUCCAGUCCGACACGACGCGUUGCCUGUAACCGAAGCGGAGUGUCUGGUCUCUCAGACUUCUUUGAUACAAAGAUUUGAAUUGAUUUCAACAGCAGCAGGAGGAGCUCUGUUUGGUACAAUACUUCAUCAACGCAAAGAACAGAAGGCAUGUAUUUUACAUUAUGGAGGAUAAAAUCUUAAAGCAUACCUGACGGUCCAAAUCUAAUGACUGAACAUGAGG